CCUCCAUUAACUUUUCAGAUUUAAAAAUUUCAAUUAGCACCCUAUAAUGGAUGGAUGUGAGUAAUAUAGAUGAGAAAGGUUUGAAUGAAACAAGAAUCAAGAAAAAUAAUAAUUUUUUAAGACGUGAUAAGAGAUAUAUUUUAAAUUUGAAGAAUGAAAUUGUGUUUUAGUGCAUUGAUAUUAACGGUUCUCACCCAGUGGAAUCCAAAUAAAUUGUGCAAUAAAUAAUUCCCAUCAGAGGUUAUUAAAUAUUUAAAAAAUAAAUAAAAAUUCAUAAGUUAUAUCCAAAGGAAUCUCUAGCCGUCUCACAUUCACAUGUCAAUGAACUAAGUUAUUAAACUGAAACGGUUUACUCUUUCAGUAGAGCUUCAGCAGAAAGAAGAAAGAAUGGAAAAGAUACAGCACUCAACGAUUAAAACAAAUGGGAUAAACAUGCACAUCGCCUCAAUCGGAACAGGUCCGCCGGUGCUCUUGCUUCACGGCUUCCCCGAGCUCUGGUACUCGUGGCGCCACCAGCUCCUCUCCCUCUCCUCCCUCGGUUACCGUGCUAUUGCUCCGGAUCUCCGGGGCUUCGGCGACUCCGACGCGCCCCCAUCUCCGGCUUCCUACACUGCCCCAUUCAUUGUGGGCGAUCUCGUGGGCCUUCUUGACCAUCUGGGCAUCGACCAGGUCUUCUUGGUGGGCCACGACUGGGGAGCUGCGGUCGCUUGGUAUUUUAGCUUGUUCAGGCCCGACAGAGUCAAGGCCGUGAUUAACUUGAGCGUCCCUUACUUGCCCAGGAACCCAGCAGGCAAAUUUGUUGAAGGCUUCAGAGCUUUGUUUGGCGAUGAUUACUAUUUCUGCAGGUUUCAGGAAUCUGGAGAGGCUGAAAAAGAUUUUGCUUCUCAAGAUACUAAAAUACUGUUCAAGAAAUUCUUAACAAGUUUUGGUCCAGUUCCUCUAUGCAUAUCCAAAGAAUUAGGUUUCAGAGGCUUAAAAGCUCCAGAUGCUUUGCCCUCUUGGCUGUCGGAAGAUGACAUCGAUUACUAUGCCACCAAAUUCGACAAGACCGGCUUCACUGGAGGAUUGAACUAUUAUCGAUCUUUUGAUCUAACUUGGGAUCUCACAGCAGCAUGGACUGGAGCACAAAUCAAAGUGCCGGCAAAGUUCAUCGUGGGGGAUCAAGAUAUCGUGUACAAUAUUCCGGGCAUCAAGGAAUAUAUACACAACGGCGGGUUCAACAGAGACGUACCCUUCUUGCAAGAAGUGGUUGUAAUGGAAGGAGUGGCUCACUUUAUCAACCAAGAAAAACCAGACGAAGUCACCACUCACAUCUACGAUUUCAUCAAGAAGUUCUGAACCCCACCUGCGAGAUCAGCACCAUAAUAAAGUUUCCCUCUUUGUAUUUUGUAUGAGAUUUUCCCUGGACGAAUAUAUUCAGCUGCUGUUUUCUUCUCAAUUGUUGAAAUAGUGCAUUAUUAUUUCCUCGUGA